AUUAACAUCUUAUUAGAUAACUCAACUGAAAGAAUUAACUUUUCACAACUCCACAUAUGAAGAUAGUGACUGAUGGCUCAGUGCAAUGUGGUUUGUGUUUCCAUGUUUGAGAUGGAGUAUUCUUCAAUAUUAUGAUUCAAGCCCAUGACACGUAUUGUUCACUUUGGCCCAACGUACUUAACAGAUUUGUAUUUUGGGGUAUGCCCUUGCAAAACUCGUUUAUCAUUCUCUCACAUUUCGAUGUGCUAUUUGCUAAGGUGUUAUAUAUGUGGUGUACUCCAAAUUGAGAAGCAUGUCAAUCUAGAAGUCUGUCAGUCCUUCUAUUGACCUUUAGUUGUCACUUGACUCUCUUACGAUACGAGGCCCCCUGACCAUAACAUAGUCUUGACUGAAGUCUCUAUGGACAUGCUGUACCAAAGGAAGGGCUAGGAUGAAGAACCACGAGUUGAAUGAUUCGUAGCUUUGACAAAUGGUUGUAUAAUAUUUCACAGAGGUUGUAAUCUCCAAGUUAAAUUUACUAACAAGUUGAUUGACUAUUUCCUGAAGUUGAGACAUUGCACUUAUCUAUUGUCAAAAGUCCAACUAAACCACUUUUCUUUAUGUAUAUAUAUGAUAUCAUUUUAGCAUGUUGCUUUCUUGCUGAUGAAAUGUCACCAAUGCUGGCUUGAGUAAUAAAUAGGCCUUUAACUACAUUGUGACACACUAUUCUAUCAAGUUUGAUCAUUCCAUGGCUAUUCGCGUGACGUUCUUGUUGGUUGUUCUAGUAGUCUUACCAUUUCCUUCUGAUUCAGCUGAUCCUGAUCCCCUGCAGGAUUUCUGUGUUGCAAUUCUGAACGAUACAUCAACAUCUCUUAACGGUUUUCCUUGCAAACCUGCUUCCCAAGUUACUUCAAAUGACUUCUUCUUUGAUGGCCUAACCAUAGAGGGAAACACUGAGAAUGCAUUUGGAUUCAGUGCAACCGUGGGGAACGUUCUUUCUUUCCCAGGUUUAAACACACAAGGUCUCUCGAUGAAUCGAAUUGACUUUGCCCCAGGAGGGCUAAAUCCACCUCAUUCACACCCUCGUGCAACUGAGUCCGGAGUAGUCAUUAAAGGGAAGAUCUACGUUGGGUUCGUGACAACGAAGAACGUGUUAUAUUCCAAAGUAUUGACUGCAGGUGAAAUGUUCGUGGUGCCCCGAGGACUGGUGCAUUUCCAAAUGAAUGUUGGAAAGGAGAAGGCAAUGACAAUCACAGCUUUUAACAGUCAUUUGCCAGGAGCAGUGGUUCUACCAACUACACUGUUUACUUCAAAGCCAUCAAUUCCUGAUGAGGUGUUGACUAAGGCCUUCAAAAUUGAUGCAACUGUCAUUGAUGACAUCAAAGCAAAACUUGGUGCCAUAAACUAUUAACAAUUGAAUAUGGAAAAUAAAAGGCUAUAACAUAAAUUUGUGAAUUUUCUCUACAUAGAUAGAUUAUUCAGGUGUGUAUUGUGUAAUAAUAAUCAAUAAUACAGAAGAAGAAUAAGCAACAAUAAUUCAUGAUUUGGGUGCUCAGAUAAUUCUGUUCUUUGCAGUUGCUCAUCAAAUGAGACUUCGGUUGUUUUUCACCAA